UACGCCGCCCGCUACGAACGCUACGCGCUACGAAAAUACGCAAUGAGUAAAUACGCUACGAAUAGUGCAGUGCUGAGUAAUAAAUAAUAAAAAUAAAUUAUAAAAAGUGUAUCAUAUAAUUUAAAUGUAUAUAAGUGAUUGUUUAUUAUUGUUGUAGAAAUUAAUAUCGGUAUAGUUUGUAAAAAUGUUUAGCUUAAGGAUUGACAUUGGAAUAUUCAUAUUUCUACUAAUAACACAAGGUGCACACUGCCUUCGAAAUGUGCACGUGGUGGUUCCGGAAGCCGUGGAACGAGGUUCAAAAGUCGAGAUGAAGUGCCUCUAUGACCUCGAACAGGAGGUUUUAUACUCCGUCAAAUGGUACCGUGGAGACCGAGAAUUCUGUCGGUAUUCCCCAAGGGACGUUCCACCGCUGAAGAUAUUCCGGAUACCCGGGAUAGAAGUUGACAGAGACGCGAGUGACGCAGAGAGGCUGACAAUACAGGCGGCGACACAGACCGCGAGUGGACGAUACACAUGCGAAGUGUCAGCUGACGCACCUUCUUUUCAGACUGCGCAAGUACACACGCAUAUGUAUGUCGUUGUUCUACCUAAAUCGGGUCCAUCGAUGCACGGUCUCAAACGGCGGUACCGGCCCGGUAUGAAGCUAAAAGUGGAGUGCAUCAGCCGGCACUCGCUACCAGCUGCCAAUCUGUCUUUCUUCAUCAACAACGAUGCGGCGCUGAGUCAGCACGUCUUGCAUAGGGUGGAUGGAGAAACGGUCGGCGGCCCCAUGACAGCCUACAGCACCAUACAAUUUGUCGUACAAAAACAUCAUUUCGUCAGAGGGAAAAUCAAGAUUCGGUGUACAGCAAGCGUCUACUCAAUAUACCUACAAAGCUUAGAAAAGAGCGCUGAAGAGGAGAGGAUACGAACCACUCCGGUCAGCCUCCCAGAGGUACACGAAGCAGUAGUGUACUCUAUACAUCGCCUGCCAGAAAGUAGUGGCAGCGACAUUUCGGGAAGCGCAUCAACUACAGUGAAAAUAAUUCUUCUGUUAACACACUUACUUCCUAAUGUUUUAAGAUAAUUUGUUGUGAUCUUAUUAGUUAGUAACAAUUUAUAAUCGCCUAUGUUCUAAUGAACGUAUAGAACCAAAGAUCCUGAUGUUUCUAUGACUGAUAAAUUCUUCUCUAUUUUCACUGUUAAUACUUUGUAGUUGUGCCAACCCGAAUUUAUGUAUUUCAUUAAAUGGAAUACACGAAAUAUGAUUCUAAUUUACUUAAUUCCCCCAAGCAAUUAGUUGAAAUCUUAAAACUGUCUGACAAACGAAUCGUUAGAGAAAAUAAUUGAAAUUUGUACAAAAAAUAACAUUUUACUUUCUGGUUAUAUUGAAAAAUUAAUAAAUAAUUAUUUGCGUUAUAUUAAAUAGUAAUAUUAAGAGUUUAUUUAACCUGGCACUAAAGUUAUGUGUAUGCCUAGGUAUGUAUAUAUGUACAUAUGUAUGUGCUCAAAUACUAUAAAUAAACAAU